GACUUUGGAGAGCUGCAAAAGCAGCCUGCGCCUGAUAUGCGCGUCUGCGCUGUUUUGUCCAUCAGAGGGAGUCAAGUUUCUUCUGUUAAAUGUACAGCCUGGCUCCGGUUGCUCAACAGACGAGACGAGCCGCUGCAGAGACCACAAGAGAAUUCAUUUUUUCUUUUCACUGGCUUUCCGUGGAACAGUCUCCGGUUGGCGGCCGGAUCGCUGUCCGCUUUUCCCGUUUUUAUAACAGACGCUCACUGGGAUCUUCCCCACCAAACUGGAUUAACUCCAAGGCAUUGACUUAUUCGCUUCGUGUGUGUGUUUUGGUUGUUGUUUUUGUUUGCUUGUUAUUUUUCGGGGGUGACAAACCCUUUUCCCCCGGGGGUCAACAUGUUGUGGAAAUUAGCAGACAACGUCAAAUAUGAAGAUGACUGCGAGGAGCGACACGACGGCAGCAGCAAUGGGAACCCGCGCCUGCCCCACCUGCCAGCGGUCAGCCAGCACCUGUACAGCCCACCUCCCUCCCUCUCACACUCGGCAAGCUCGGACUUCCAGCCGCCCUACUUCCCGCCCCCCUACCAGCCCAUCUCCUACCCGCAGUCCGGUGACCCUUACUCGCACCUGGGCGACCCGUUCAACAUCAACUCGCUUCACCAGUCGCCAUCGUCCAACCAGCAGCAGCCGUGGCGCCAGGGCCACGAGGGGCUGGCAGCGCACGGCCGCAGCGGCCUGGCCGGCCAGAUCCUCGGCCUGGACGGGGGAGGAGGAGGUGGCGGCUCGUCCGGGGUGAGGAGGGAAGGCUUCCGCCGGCCGGAGCUGCUGUCCCCGCACGCCCAUGGCAUCGAGGCGUCGGUGAUCGGGGACAACAUGCAUGGCAUGCACGACAUGCAGGGCCACGGCAUGGACGAAGUACAGCACGUGGACAACCACAGUAUUAUCAUGGCAGAUCAGACGGUCAUCAAAAAAGUAUUAGGACUGCGAGGGGCCAGGAGCCUUGAUCGCGUACAGAGGACUUGUUAUCAGGGGGGCAUCCUUGCGGGGCCCGUGACUCUCCCCAAAGGCAACGCGCUGGGCCUCCCUUUCCAGAAGGAGUCCCUGCUUGGCAUGGUGUCCAACCCCACGGAGGUGUUCUGCUCCGUCCCAGGUCGCCUCUCGCUGCUGAGCUCCACCUCCAAGUACAAGGUGACGGUGGCCGAGGUCCAGAGGCGACUCUCGCCGCCUGAGUGUCUGAACGCGUCGCUGCUGGGAGGAGUUUUACGCAGAGCCAAGUCGAAAAACGGAGGCCGCUCGCUGCGUGAAAAACUGGACAAAAUUGGGCUCAACUUGCCUGCAGGGAGAAGGAAGGCGGCCAAUGUCACUCUACUUACCUCACUCGUGGAAGGUGAAGCCGUUCAUUUAGCUCGUGACUUUGGUUAUGUGUGUGAGACGGAGUUCCCCGCCAAGGCCAUCGCGGAGUACCUGGGCAGGCCCCACGUGGAACGUAACGAGGUUAACUCUCGCAAGAACAUGCUCCUCGCUGCUAAGCAAGUUUGCAAGGAGUUCACCGACCUGCUCACCCAAGACCGUUCGCCGCUGGGUAACUCACGUCCGGCGCCUAUCCUGGAGCCGGGCAUUCAGGGCUGCCUGACCCACUUCAGCCUCAUCAGCCACGGCUUUGGCUCGCCGGCCAUCUGCGCCGCCAUGACCUCGCUGCAGAACUAUCUGAACGAGGCCCUCAAACAAAUGGACAAGAUGUACCUGAGCUCCGACACGCAGGGAGCCUCCGACGGCGGCGGCAAAUCUGCCGACAAACUGGACAAGCACAGGAAAUGAGACCCCCCCCACCAGCUUUUACCCUGUGAAUUCCGAGACCCCCGGCUACCCAACGCCCCUUCCAAUAUAGUAUUGUUACGUACGGCUGUCUUCAAAUUCACUCCCUAAUCGCUAAUGCACUAUAUCGUAAUAAACUAAAAAUAGAAAUAAUUUAAUAAACAAUAAUGAGUGGGUGACUUUUUCUUGGGUGUCGAAAGAUUUUCAUCCGGAAAAAUGGAAGGAUGCCAGGGCUACUUUGACAUUUUUUGCCUUUGAUAUACUAAGCACAUAUAGAAACCCAAUUUCAUAUUUUUAACCUGUCCCCAUGUCGUGGAUGUUUUUUUUUUUUUUAUACUGAACUCGAUAAACAUUCACAAAUAGAGAUUAGGGAGUAGAAAAGGAGUGAACAAUUCCGAACACAGCCAUCCUUUCGGGCAACUUUGAGGCUGGGAGGAUAAGCGCAUGCUGCUAUUCUCCCCCGUCAAGAGGACAUCAUUUCAAGAUGAGUUGCUGUGACCCCCACCCUGCCCCCUCCUCCCCUUCCUCCUCUGUGGCGUCUGGAGGCAAAUCCUCUGAUUUCCUGUGUCUCGACGGACUUGCAAAAGGACAACUUUUUUUGGGUUUAAUUUUAUGAGAAAGAGAUGCAAUUGCCCAGCACUGCUUUUUUCUGUUAUUAUUGCUCAUGCGUUGUUUGUGUGACUGUGCGGGGAGGAUUCCAGUGUGCUGUCUGAAUGGGUCACUCAGUCAACAGAAGCCUCAGUGAUAGUGUCUUGAAGGAGACCUAUUUUAUUUUGGAGUUGUUUCAACGUUUUGAAACGGUUUUGAAGUUCCCAGGUUAACACAUUUGGGAUACGUUUUGGACAAAUACAUCGAGAAUCUUUGUGUCCCUUUUGACACAAAUGACACAGAAAUCACCUUGUUUUGAAAGGGCUGUCCUGUCUGAUGUUUUCCUCACCCCGCCCACUCUACUGCGGGGUGCACCAUUGCUUAAGUCAUAUUUGACUUUUUUUUUUUUUUUACCAGUUACGUCGAUUUGUCUUUUGCAAGUGACUAUGAUCUGGAUGACUGUGGAAAAUAAUUGCUGUGGGAGUCGUUUUUAUGUCAAGUAAAUCUUUAGAAGGGCUCGCUCACAGACACAUUUUCAGAAAUAACAAGACAGCAAAAGAUUUGCUCGGUUGUGUUUUUUUGCACUUGAUCUGGCCACCCGAAUAUUUGUAGAUAAGUCGCUUUUCCAUCAUAUGUUCCCUUUAAAAGGUCUUCGAUUUGAUACCACAUGUGUUUGUUCAGCCUUUUAGUAUUUAAAAAAUGGGGGCGAGUCAACCUAUUGUUGAGUUAACGCCUGUGUGUGUACUUGCAUUUGUGUGUGUGUGUGUCUUGCGAGCACAUGGACAUACUGUAAAUAUUUUUUUCUAAUUAGUCAUUAAAUCCCAAUACAUAAUUUUAUUCACAAAAACUUGUCCCCCAAAUGUAAAUAUUUUCUAAUUUAUGUUGUAACUUAAUGGGCGGUUUUUUUUUGUAAAUAAUGCUCCCACUUUUUUUUUUUGGUGUGUGGUUUUUAUGAUGUUUUUUCUAAUACAUGGGUUAGUUUUUUUUUGUAAAUCAAAUAGCGAGGUUAGCUCUUGUGGCCAUGAUGUACCUUUUUUGGCUUUGGAAAUGAUGUAAAGAUACAUACAAACAAAAAACAGCAGGAAGAAUAAAUACAAUUCAAGCCUGACACUUGA